UUUCAUUUAAAAACAAAGAAGAAGAUGGGUUUAGUGCGGUCCAUGCUUCCAAAUCCAAAGCAAAUCUUCAAAUCACAAUCUAUGAGGAACAAGAACGGUUCACCAUCAUCAACAACAACUUCAGGGCUUGUUCCUAAAGGUCACGUAGCGGUUUACGUUGGGGAAAGAACGGAGAAGACGAGGUUUGUGGUUCCGAUAUCAUACUUGAACCAUCCUUUGUUCAGAGAGUUUCUUAAUCGCGCAGAGGAAGAGUUUGGAUUUCAUCAUCCAAUGGGAGGUUUGACGAUUCCUUGUCGAGAAGAAGCGUUUCUUCAUCUCAUUGCUACUCAGCAGCUGCAUUGAGGAGCGCAUUGAUUAAUUAAUAGUUUUAGUAGGGUUUUCAUGAAUCUUUUUUUUUGUAAAAAUGAAUCUUUUUGUUGUUGUUCUAUCUGAGAAUUAUAUGAAAUGUAGUGUGUGUAUAUGCACUUGUUCAAAUUAAGCUUGUGUUUCGAAAUAAGAUUUUAAUCGUUGUGCAAGUAUUCAUAUCCAAACCACUAGAACCUGAAGAUUUAGAGGCUGAUUGGAUUAAAUUUUUCUAAAGCUUGUGAAGGAUCAUGAAAUUUGAAGCUCUUUUCGCGAAAGAUCAUAUUUUCUGACAUUUUUGUUUGAUUAAUGCUUAAUAUAUUGGGAAUCAAAUAUAUAUUGAAACAAACUUAAUGGCCAAAUAUUAAAGUACUGCUUCUAACAGUACUGUUAA